AUGGGAAGCUAUUUGUCGCGCGACACCGGUGAGGCGGACGAGCUUCGGGCGACGCUGACGGAGCUUCAGAAGAAGCUCGAGGAGGCCACGGAGCAGGCGACUAGCAAAGACGAGCAGAUCAAGAAGCUGCAGGCACAGGCGGACGAAUCGUCGACGUCGUCAACUUCCCUGACCGCGAGCCAUGCCAAGGAGAAGGCCGAGCUCACCGCAAAUGUCGAAAGCGCAAAGAAGGAGGCUGCCGCCGCCCGGAGCGAGCGCGAUGCUCUGGUGUCGACGCACGAGGCCGAGGUGACGCAGCUCAAGACGGACCUGACGACGGCCACGACAAAACACCAGGAGCUCGAGGCGGCGCACGCCGCUGCUUCUUCGAAGACUGCCGAGCUCGAGGCCAACGUGGCCCAGCUGUCGACCGACCUGACGGCGGCAAAGGCAAGCCUGGCCGAGGCGGAGGAGGAGGCGGAGAAGAAGGCUGCGGCCGCCGCUGCGGCAGCCAAGGCUGCCGAGGCGGACAAGACAGCCGCUGCCGCUGCUUCUGCUGAGGUCGUCCAACUCAAGGCGCAGCUCGAGGCCGAGAAGAAGAACGUCGCGGUCGCUACGGCAUCGGCUACGUCGGCCAGUGAGGCCUCUGCCGCUCAGAUUGCCGACCUCAAGGCCCAGAUUCAAGCCCUCAACACCAAGCUGGCUGCAGCCGAGAGCAGUGCUUCUGCCGCCGCUGCUCAGGUCGAGGAGCUCAAGGCGCAGGUUGCGGCGGAGAAGAAGGCCUCUGAGGCUGCCGCUGCCUCUGCCACAUCCGCCACCGAGGCAUCCGCUGCCCAGGUCGCCGAUCUCAAGGCCCAGAUUGAAACCCUUACAGGCAAGCUGAGCACGGCUGAGAGCAGCGCCACGGCCACCCAGACCGAGCUGGCCGAGGCCAAGGCUGCGCUUGCCGCGGCCAAGGCUGAGACGGAGAAGGCGCAGGCUGAGGUUGCGACCAAGGCCAGCGCUGUUGCUGCCGCCGAGUCAUCGCUCGAGGACGAGAAGACUGCGCAUGCGUCCUCCAAGGAGGACCUGGAGAAGGAAGUAGCAGCCCACGCGACGUCCAAGGCGGAUCUUGAGAAGGAGGUCGCGGCACAUGCUGCUGCCAAGGCCGACCUGGAGAAGGAGGUCGCUGCCCACAAGGGGACCACCAGCGCCAUCGAGGCUGAGAAGGCGGCACACGCCGCCACCAAGUCGGACCUCGAGAAGGAGGCUGCUGCGCAUAAGGAGACGAAGGCGGCGCACGACUCGACCAAGUCGAAGCUGACGGCCUCACAGGCCAAGGAAGCUGAGCUGGCUGCUCACGUGACCACCCUGACAGCGGCGGCGGCUGCGGCCAAGAAGGAGAGCAUCGGCGAGAACAAGGAGAACAAAGCGCCGGCCGUCGACGAGAUCAAGGAAGUUGAGGCCGAGGCGGUUGCCGCAGAGUAG